AUCGUAUUCUGUCUGAUUCUGUGGUAUUUUUCCAACAAUGUAUAGUAUUUUGAUAGAACUAGAAUUUUUGUUCUAAAUGAAUAUUAAAAGAGAAUGGUAGAAAUUCAUUCAAUUUUACAAUUAAAUCUAGCAUCAAAAUUCUAUUACAUUUCAGAAGAUUGAAAAUUGAAAUGGCAAACCCUUCAAAUGCUGACCAAUCCUAUUUUUGGGGUUCAGGUGUUUCUCAACCACAAAACAUGGGAUAUUAUUCUGUACCACCUCCAAGUUUUCCACCUCCAAACUUUAGACAGCCACCACCGUCUUACAAUAUACCAGUUUCUACUUUGUCUGAAAACAAAGUUACCAAUUUUGGUCCAUCGUAUCAUUCUGUGACACCUUGCUAUCAAAGCGAAGUUCCAAAUUCUUAUCCUGAUGCUUCUUAUGAAAAUCAAACAGAGACACAGUGCAAUAAUCCAAAUUUUGGACUUUCUGGUUAUUCUCAACCUGUAACUGGAAAUUUUAAUUCAAAUUGGGAUGACAAAAGUACGUAUCAAAAUAAUACCAGUACAGAAUGGAAUUCUAAUAGUUAUUCAACCAGUUGGAAUAAAUAUCAAAACACUAGAAGUUCUUGGUAUGGAUCAAAUAAAAUACGAGAAGAUGACAGAAAAUCUACUUGUGAUAAAUAUAGUGAAUCCUCAAACAUUAGAAGACCUGAAUGGAAAUUCAGAGACAAAGAAUCUUCCACUAGUCGUACAGUUAGUAGAAAACGUUCUAGAACUCCUGAUUGUAGAUCUAGAUCUAGUAGAUCCCCCCAUAGAUCUCGUUACGAUUUUCCAAAGGACAGAUCUUCUAAAUAUCACAGAAACAGUCCAAGUUCUAGAGAACAUUCGCACAAUGAAGAAAUUGUUGAUAGAAGAUCAUCUUACAGAAGAAAUAAUUCAUAUCUGCCGCGUUCUCAAAGAUCAUAUAUAAGUCACAGAAGCAGGAAAAGGUCAAGGUCUCAAGAAUCUUACUCAUCUAGAACUAGUAGCCUAAGUAAUAGUUCCUCCAGUAAAAGGGACCCAACUGAAAGAGAAUUACUUCUAGAAAAAUACAGGCAGGAUUACUGUGAGACUAGCAAAGAUAUGGAAAGAAAAAUGGAUGAAUUAUCUGCUAUGGGUCCCGAAGGCAUUAUGGAAAAUGCAAGGAAAGUCUGGACACGUACUGCCCCAGCAGAUUUGUAUUAUAACAGAGAUGAUAAUAAUCCAAAAGUAAUGCGUGGCACACCUAAAUUGCAAGAAUUAUGUGAAUUAUUUAAAAAACUAUUAAUUGAUAGAGCUGCAGCUGCACGAGCUUUGCAGCCUCCUUAUGAACCACCUCCAAGGAAAACUAGAGCUCGUCUGUGUAGACACAAGUCGGAAGUUUGUAGCAGCUCUUCUGAUAGUGAUAGCUCCGUGGAUGAGGAUGAUAGAACAAUGGAAGAGUUAAUGGCAAAGAAACAACAUCCACAAAGAUUACAUCCUGAAAUGUGGUUUAAUGAUCCUGGAGAAAUGAACGAUGGACCAUUAUGUAGAUGUAGCGCGAAAUCAAGACGAUCUGGAAUUAGACAUGGAAUUUAUGCUGGAGAAGGUGCAAUAAACAAGUGCAACUUGACUUCAAAUAAUGCUGAUAAAUUAUACCAUUAUCGAAUUACGAUUAGUCCACCAACAAAUUUUCUUACUAAAACGCCAACAAUUAUCAAGCACGACGAACACGAAUUUAUAUUUGAAGGGUUUUCUAUGCUCUCUCAUUUUCCUCUUGUAAAACUGCCGACUUGUAAAGUGAUAAGAUUUAAUAUAGAGUAUACGAUUCUGUAUAUAGACGAAAAAUUACCGGAAAAUUUUACCAUUCAGGAAUUGGAUUUUUUUCAAACGUAUUUAUUUAAGGAAAUAUUGGAACUUGUAGAUUUUGAUCUACAAGCAGCGCAAGAUAAAUCCGGUUGUGGACAAUUUCAUUUUAUGCCAAGAUUCGUACGUGAUUUAGCUGACAAUGGACAAGAAAUUUUAUCCAUGAAUGAGGUUUUAAAUUAUUUAAUAAAAAGUAGUAAAUUAUUAAUAGAUCCAGAUGAUCUACCUAGGUUAGUGGAAAUGCCACAAUAUAAGUGGCAAAAUUUUGCCGAUGAAGUAAAGGGUAUGAUUGUUACAUAUCCUGGGAAAAAGCCGUGUAGCGUUCGUGUUGAUCAAUUAGAUAGAAGUCAAACCGAUCAAUCGUCUUCUACUAUUGCACACCCCGAGAUUGUUCAUUUUGGGAUUAGACCGCCGCAGCUUAGUUAUGCAGGAAACGCAGAUUAUCAAAAAGCGUGGAGGGAUUAUGUAAAAUUUCGUCAUUUAUUGGCCAAUAUGCCAAAACCAUCUUUUGAAGAUAAAAGGAAACUAGAAGCGAAAGAAAAUAAACUACAGGAAUUAAGAACUCAAAGUAAAAUGAAACGUGAUGUCACCGUAGAUGUUAGUUCUGAAGGAUUUUACCGAACUGGAAUAAUGUGCGAUAUAGUACAACAUGCCAUGUUAAUUCCUGUACUUGUCUGUCAUCUUAGAUUUCAUAAAUCCUUGGACAAUUUAGAACGUACAUUAGGUUACGAAUUUAAGAAUAGGUAUCUCCUUCAACUGGCGUUGACGCACCCCAGUUACCGUGAAAACUUUGGUACAAAUCCAGAUCAUGCGCGAAAUUCUUUAACUAAUUGUGGAAUAAGACAACCCGAGUAUGGUGACCGACGAAUUCAUUACAUGAAUACACGCAAACGUGGUAUCAAUACAUUGAUUAAUAUAAUGUCAAGAUUUGGCGCGGGAACGGAAACUGAAUCUUCGAUAGCGCACAACGAAAGGCUGGAAUUCCUGGGAGACGCAGUGGUCGAGUUCCUAACAUCGAUUCAUCUGUUUCACAUGUUUCCUGAUUUGGAAGAAGGUGGAUUGGCUACUUACAGAGCAGCGAUUGUUCAAAAUCAACAUCUUGCUGUAUUAGCAAAGAAAUUGAAUUUAGAAGAAUACAUGCUGUAUGCGCAUGGUAGUGAUCUUUGUCACGAUUUAGAAUUGAGACACGCAAUGGCGAAUUGUUUUGAAGCACUAAUGGGUUCCUUGUUUCUGGAUGGAGGUAUCGAAGUUGCUGACAGAGUAUUUGGAGAAACACUCUUUAAAGAUGAAGAAAAUCUUUCGAAAGUUUGGGUAAAUUAUCCUAAACAUCCUUUACAAGAGCAAGAACCAACGGGUGAUAGGCAAUGGAUACCAAGCUUUGAACUCUUGCAAAAAUUAACGAAGUUUGAAGAAUCCAUUGGUAUAGAAUUCACUCAUAUUCGUCUUUUAGCAAGAGCAUUUACUGAUCGGAGCAUAGGAUUUACGAAUUUAACGUUAGGUUCUAACCAACGACUAGAAUUUUUAGGAGACACUGUUUUACAACUCAUAGUUUCCGAAUAUUUAUACAAAUAUUUCCCAGAACAUCAUGAAGGGCAUUUAUCUCUUUUACGAAGUUCUCUUGUAAAUAAUAAAACUCAAGCUGUCGUGUGCGAUGAUUUAGGAAUGACUCAGUAUGCGCUUUACGGUAAUCCGAAGGCUGAACUGAAAACAAAGGAUAGAGCAGAUUUGUUGGAAGCAUUUUUAGGAUCUCUUUAUGUCGAUAAGGGUUUGGAGUAUUGUCAUGUCUUCUGUGACGUAUGUUUCUUUCCGCGUUUACAAGAUUUUAUUAUGAAUCAAGAUUGGAAUGAUCCAAAAAGCAAAUUACAACAAUGUUGUUUGACAUUAAGAACAAUGGAUGGUGGAGAGCCUGAUAUUCCUGUGUAUAAGGUAAUCGAGUGUAAAGGACCGACAAAUACAAGAGUGUAUACUGUUGCUGUAUAUUUUCAAGGGAAACGAUUGGCAAAAGCUUCUGGUCAUAGUAUUCAAGAGGCAGAGAUGAAUUCGGCCAAAGAAGCAUUAGAAAAAUCUCAAGAUUUAUUUCCGCAAUUGGAUCAUCAAAAACGUGUAAUAGCAAAAAGCAUGAAAAUGCAACAAUGGCCAAACAAACAUAAGACAAGGGGAAGAUCUAUGAAGCCCACAGAUAGACACGAUGAUACAGAUUGCAGUCAACGUUCGAAAAGAAGUCGUAGUGAAGCAUAG